AUGGCAGAAGCAACAAAGUCAGGCAAAACCCGAGCGGCAGUGGUCGCGGAGGUCUCUGACGAGCGUUUCUCGCUGCAAGAAAUAUCUUUGGAUGAGGCGAAGAACGAUAUCGCCAGCCUAAACGGUUGGAUCGAAAGAGUCGACGCCAAGUUCACGCAGGAAUGCCAACGGUUGAACCAAGAAGUUCAGACCGCGAUUGGUAGACAAGACGGUACGCUGGCGACUUUCGAUGGAAGGAUACGAGCGCUCGAGAUGGAAGUUCGCCGCCUUGGCGUGUUACUUCCACAACUAGAAUUGCAGAUCCAACAGAGGCAGUCGGCGGCAAUAGAUACCGCAUUAAAAACGAUAAGAGAAGAGAUGUGCAAUCAAAGGUCGGACAUGCACUGUUCGUUACAAAAAAUAGCCGCAUUCGAGUCCUCCAAAGCGAUGAAAAAACACAAGGAAGAUAUCCUUAUUGAGCUGAGGAGAACUCGAAUAAUAGAGCAAGAGGAGACCCCCGAGACGGGGGGAGACUCCUCGACAGAGACGGUGAAAGUGAGAAGUCGCCACGCAAGUGGCGCAUCGAUAAUAAACGUCUCCUGUGAUACCAGGGACGAUUUGACGCAGGAAAGAGACACCCUGAUGGGAGAGCUGAUGGGUGCCGGACAUAUUGUAAGGACGUCGAAAGACAAGAAAGAACGCCGAGUGAAUACACUCAAGGCGAAGUCAAGAUAUGACAGAGUGGAGGAACUGACACGGAAGCUAGUUGGAAUCUCGACGGCGGAAGAGAGGACAAGUGACCGCGAACAGCUAGACGUGGCGCUGGGUGAAAUAGCGGUGCUGGAACAGUUGGCGGAGUCUCCUAAAAGAGACUCUCCACCAACAACCACGACACUCGUGAACCGUCCAGCACUACCCCUUCCGGUGUUUAGCGGAGAUAUUGCAGCGUGGGGGAGUUGGCAAGCCGCCUGGGCGACUUACGACGACGACAACACGCUGACAAAUGAGCAGAAAUUUCAGUACCUUCGGGGCUGUUUGAAAGGAAAGGCGGCCGAAGCGAUUUCGUACCUGCAAUACGGGGCGAAUCAAUAUCGCAAGGCCAUGGAAUUGUUGACGGAAAGAUUUGGAGACCAAGAGAGGCUGAAAAAGCACUACUUGGCGGAACUUAAAGCGAUGGCAAACACUCGACUAAGCGAGACUUCCGCUCUGUCGCAGUGGCAAAAACUCCAUGACGGGCUGGCUAAUAGCGUCACGGCGCUUAACAGCCUUGGAGUAGAUACAAGGACUCACCAAUCCUAUCUCGUCCUGGACCUACUGGCGGCCUUUCCAAGGGCGCUGGUUAGCCGGUGGAGAGACAGGUGGGAGGAUGAUGAGCCGACGUUCUCGAAGAUCUUGAAGGCCCUGCAAAGGGAAAUAAGACUUAGGGAAGAAGACGAGACGUCGGCGACAAGUGGUAGCGGGAAGCCCGUGCUAGAAUCGGCCGCUACCACAGCAAAUAAUGGAAACAGAGGCCUGGCAUGCCUAUUCUGCCAAAAGAUACAUUUGCACCAUAACUGCAACCAAGGGUCGUCAGCUCAGAGAAGAGCGACGGCAGAAAGAGAAGGUCGGUGCCUGAAGUGUCUGGCCCGAUUACAUCGGACGGAACAUUGCAUAUCGCGAAUUCCGUGCCGACACUGCGGAAGCACGGAACAUAGCCCUGCUGUAUGCGUGGCUAGACCACGAGGCGGCGGUUAUGCGCCAGCUCCCGCAGGAAACAGAGGAUUCUCCCCUCAAAGAGCUCCAAAGGUGGUGACAAUAGACACCACCACGUUGACGAUUUCCACAAGAUCGAAGACGGGAGUACUGCCCACCUUCACGGCCUACCUUAAAGGGAAAGCCGGAGACCGGGUAAAGAUAGUCGGAUUAAUUGACUCUGGGAGUGAGAGAACGUUCGUCCGCCAGGACACGGCGACCAGGGUCGGAGCAGAAAAAAUAAGGGCUGAAUACCUGGCGGUCAACGGGUUCGGAGACCAGAACAAGGCGGGUAAAAACCAUGCGGUGUUCGGACUCAGACUCGCGGGACUUAGCCAGGAUGCCCCAGAUAUAAAGAUCGAAGCGAUUGCGAGGAAGUUCCUCGCAAACGCAAAGAAAGUCACCCCGACGGAUUUCUCGAAAGGCCUGAUAGGCCAGGGGAAGGACUUAGCCGAUGACCGGUACAUCACCGGUCAGCAAGGCAAUCAGUUUGAUCUCAUCGUCGGCUGCGAUUUCAUCUGGUCGAUAAUGCAGCACAAGACCAUCCCAGGCGCAAAUGGGCUGGUCUCAUGUGCAAGCAAAGUCGGCUGGCUGAUCUUCGGUACGAUAGAUGAAAAAAGUAAGGCGGAAGAACAAGUUUUAACCGCAGCAAUAGACGUGAAAAAACCGAUGACGGACUUCAAAGAAUUUUGGAGUCUUGAACAUAUGGGGAUAACCCCACAAGAAAAAGCAGAACCCGCAUUCUUGGAGGCCUAUCAGGAGACGAUUCUGCGGGCAGACGAUGGGCGUUACAAAGUGUUGUUCCCCAUCAAGAUCGGCCAUCGCAGAAUUGAAUCCAACCGGAACAUCGCAAUGAUACGGCUGCAAGGGCUGCUGGGCAAGACCCAACCGGAAGAUAAGCUGAAAUACCACGAGAUAUUUCAGCAAUAUAUCAGAGACGGAUUCAUCGAAGAAGCCGACCGAGGAUUCAACGGUGACUGCACAUACUUACCUCACCGACCGGUGAUUAAAGUUAGCGCGGAAACCACGAAAAUUCGGCCGGUGUUCGAUGGAUCAGCACAUAUGAAGGAAAGACCUAGCAUCAACGAUGCUUUAGAAAUUGGGCCGAAUCUAAACCCGGAAGUGUUGGUGGUCUUGUUGCGUUUCCGACAGAGUCGGAUAGCCUGA